GGGGGAGAGUAACAAUAUCACAGAAUCAGAAAAAUUGUCUUCGAUGAAUUGACCAAUAUCGAUGCAAAAGUUUCUAUUCAAUCACUUCAGUUAGUUCAAUCCAUUCCCGGAUUGUUCUUUCGAAAAGGUCGUUCAUCUCGGACAGAUGCGUCGCACCGCAGGGGGAGCUCAUGAUUAUGGUGCACCACAAGCGAGGCAUAUGUUAGAGGAAGAAAAUGACCGAAUGGUCGACGACUUAUCAAAUAAAGUUCAGGCUUUGAAAUCGUUGACAAUCGACAUUGGAAAUGAAGUCAGAGCACAAAAUCAAAUGCUAAGGGGGAUGGAUGAUGAUUUCGACAAAACUGGAUCGUUCCUGAGCGCUACGAUGGGCAGACUGACAGCACUGACUAACAAAGGACAUCAAUGGAUCAUGUGUUAUUUGUUACUGUUUUGUGUCUUUGUUUUUUUUGUCGUGUACUAUUUAAAGAGAGGUUAGAGCAAACUUUUGUAGAUAUUAUUUACGAAUGUAAAUACUCAACGAAUGUGAUUAGUUGAAAUUGCUUAGUAUUAAAGGCGUCAGUCGACCCUUAAGGACACAGUACGAGUACUAUGAUAGGGGAAAUUUAUUAAAUGAAUUGAAACGUCA